CUCUCCCGCAUCAAGAUGCCUCAGAUUAUGAUCAAAGGGGGCGUGUGGAGGAAUAUCGAGGAUGAAAUUCUGAAAGCAGCGGUAAUGAAAUAUGGGAAAAGCCAGUGGUAUAGGAUUGCUUCAUUGUUGCAUAGGAAAUCAGCAAAGCAGUGCAAAGCCAGAUGGUAUGAAUGGCUGGACCCAAGUAUUAAAAAAACUGAAUGGUCUAGAGAAGAGGAGGAGAAACUCUUGCAUUUGGCCAAGCUGAUGCCAACGCAGUGAAGGAACAUUGCUCUGAUCAUAGGAAGAACAGCAGCCCAGUGCUUGGAACACUAUGAAUUCCUCCUGGACAAGACUUCCCAAAGAGACAAUGAAGAGGAAACAACAGACGACCCCCGAAAACUUAAACCUGGAGAGAUAGAUCCAAAUCCAGAAACAAAGCCAGCUCGGCCUGAUCCAAUCGAUAUGGAUGAGGAUGAACUUGAGAUGCUUUCUGAGGCUCGAGCCCGCCUGGCCAAUACUCAAGGAAAGAAGGCUAAGAGGAAAGCAAGGGAAAAGCAGGUGGAAGAAGCAAGAUGCCUUGCUGCCCUCCAGAAAAGACCAGAGCUUCGAGCAGCUGGCAUAGAGAUUCAGAAGAAAAGGAAGAAGAAGAAGAGAGGAGUUGAUUAUAAUGCUGAAAUACCAUUUGAGAAAAAGCCUGCUCUUGGUUUUUAUGAUACUUCUGAGGAGAAUUACCAGGCUCUUGAUGCAGAUUUCAGGAAAUUACGACAGCAGGAUCUUGAUGGGGAGCUAAGAUCUGAAAAAGAAGGAAGAGAUAGAAAAAAAGACAAAUACCAUUUAAAAAGGAAAAAGGAAUCUGAUUUAACAUCAGCUAUUCUUCAAACUAGUGGUAUCUCUGAGUUUACCAAAAAGAGAAGCAAGCUAGUGCUGCCUGCCCCUCAGAUUUCAGAUGCAGAACUCCAGAAAGUUGUCAAAGUAGGCCAGGCCAGUGAAGUUGCACGGCAGACUGCAGAGGAGUCUGGAAUCACAAAUUCUGCUUCCAGCACUCUCCUGUUUGUGUACAAUGUCAAAAACAACAGCAUGGCUCUGAGAACACCAUGGACACCGGCCUCCCAAGACAGGAUUCUGCAGGAAGCUCAGAACCUCAUGGCCUUGACCAAUGUGGACUCUCCACUGAAAGGUGGGCUUAAUACUCCACUGCACGAGAGUGAC